GGAAACGCUCAAACUGCAAGACAAGACGUAAAAAAAGAAAAAAAGGAAAAAAAAACUUUUGGUGGUUUUUCUACCAAAGUUCAUCCUUUUACUCUUUGAUGAGAAGGUUGUCUUAUCAAAAGCUCCACCAGGACUAAAUAGUGUGGUUUUUGACCUAAUCGAUUAGUUUGAUUAGAAUUAUUCGAAAAAUUCCACGUAUUUCAUUUAAUUCGUUAUGAUUUUAGUUAUGGCGGACCGGUUGUUAGGUUAGGUUAAAACGUGUCUAGUCUGAUUUCACUCUGUUACUCGUGAUUUCAUGCCCAAUUCAGCAGUGUCAGCUGAGUUUGGUAUGUUUUAACAAACCACGUUGUAUCGUUGCAAGCACGUGUUUGGUCACGAACGUGUAUCAGGCAGGCGCGCAUACAAGCACGCGCGGGAACGGUUAUUGCUCACAGGCAACUAGGCACGAGACUCCCGCAGUUUAUACGAGAGGCAUCGGCAACUGGCGAGCCCAUGGAGUUCGAGGAGUCGGGUAUUGGAGAGGAGUGCGGAGUCUUUGGGUGUGUCGCUGCGGGAGAGUGGCCCACACAGCUGGAGGUGGCUCAGGUCUUAACUUUGGGGUUGGUGGCGUUACAGCACAGGGGGCAGGAAAGUGCUGGGAUUGUCACAAGUAAUGGAGCCAGUCCACCCACGUACACAGCACACAAGGGAAUGGGAUUAGUGAGCACCGCUUUUUCACCAGAGGCUCUCACUAAACUGCGCUAUGGUAACCUCGGCAUUUGCCACACACGCUAUUCAACCACUGGGAUCUCAGAGCUGCAGAACUGCCAGCCCUUUGUGGUGGAUACACUGCAUGGCAAGAUUGCUGUAGCGCACAAUGGAGAGCUGGUUAAUGCCCAUGCCCUGCGGAAAAAGGUGAUGCGCCAUGGCGUGGGCCUCUCCACCAGCUCAGACAGUGAGCUCAUCACCCAGCUGCUGGCACUGACUCCACCUAUGGAGGAGCUAGACUCACCUGACUGGGUUGCCAGAAUUAAAAACCUCAUGACUGAAACGCCAACAUCAUACUCACUGCUGGUCAUGUUCAAAGAUGUAAUCUACGCGGUGCGAGACCCUUAUGGAAAUAGGCCACUGUGCAUUGGGCAGCUUGUUCCCAUCUCUAAACUGCACAGUCCAGCAGGCGCUCAAGAGGAAGACACUGAGGGGUGGGUUGUGUCAUCAGAGUCGUGCAGCUUCCAGUCGAUUGGUGCCAAGUACUACAGAGAGGUCUUGCCAGGAGAGAUAGUCCAGAUAUCCAGACAUGGUGUCAAGUCUCUGAGUGUUGUGUCCAGACCCGAGGGAGACCUCCCAGCCUUCUGCAUUUUUGAAUAUGUUUAUUUUGCCAGACCAGACUCUAUUUUCGAAGGGCAGAUGGUCUAUACUGUCAGACAGCGCUGUGGGCGGCAGUUGGCCAUCGAGUCUCCGACUAAUGCAGACAUUGUGAGCACUGUGCCAGAGUCUGCAACCCCUGCUGCUCUGGGCUACGCUGAGCAGUCUGGUCUUCCAUACAUUGAGGUUCUGUGUAAGAACCGUUAUGUUGGAAGAACGUUUAUCCAGCCAAAUACCCGCUUGAGGCAGCUAGGAGUGGCCAAGAAGUUUGGAGCACUGACAGACAACUUUGCUGGGAAACGAGUGGUGCUCAUUGAUGACUCCAUCGUCAGAGGCAACACAAUUUCCCCUAUUAUUAAACUGCUGAAGGAAGCAGGUGCCAAAGAGGUCCACAUCAGGGUGGCUUCUCCACCAAUCAGGUUCCCUUGCUACAUGGGCAUCAACAUCCCAACCAAGGAGGAGCUCAUUGCCAACAAGCCGGAGUUUCAGGACAUUGCUGGUUAUAUUGGUGCUGACAGUGUUAAAUAUCUGACUGUGGAGGGCCUCGUAUCUGCUGUCCAGGAGGGUAUUGCUUUCCAUAAUGAGAAGGACAAAAUGAAUUCCAAUAACAAGUCCGACAGGAAAGUGGGCCACUGCACUGCCUGUCUGACUGGGAAAUAUCCAGUGGAGCUGGAGUGGUAACUGCUGCACCAACACCUCAACAGUAGCACUGUGGCUGGUGCUGCAAACUUAAAAAAAAAAAAAGAAACUGUUCAACAUAUGGUUUAUGUCAUUACUGCCAGCUGGAACACUAAGAUGUUACACAACUACAGAAGGUCACUUUAUUCAGAACCUUAGGAAGCUGAAAGUGUUGCUUUUUCUCACUUGUGGUGACCAAGUUUUUUUUGUUUUCCUGUUGCUGGAUGUGACUGUUUUUGUUUUGUUUUUGUUUUGCAGCUGCAUUUAUUUGAAAAGCUGAUUUCCACAUUUAUUCCAACCAUUUACAAUCAAGGUUAUCAGAAUUUGCCAUGCCAGAAUAAGCGCACACGAUAAAUGACCAAAACAUUAAAUCAUCUUUAUUUCUAUUA